AUGAGAUGGCCGGCCGAUCGUCUCUGCACUUCUCUCUCUCACCACUACCACUACCACUACCACUACCAGUACCGCUCCCUUCUGAGGGCAUGCGCCCGAGGCGCCUUUCUCGAGGAGGGCCAGAAGCUCCAUGCCGCUGUACUCAAGAAUGGCGUUGCCGACACUCCCGACUCCUUCAUCCACAAUGCCCUCCUCCACAUGUACGCCGCGUGCGGCUGCACCUCUUCUGCUGGCCGAUUGUUCGAUCAAAUUCCCUGCACACACCGAGACACCGUCGACUGGACUACCUUGAUGAGAUGCUAUGGUCGCCAGGGCCUUCCACGCCACGCCCUCUUCGUCUUCCGUGCGAUGCGAGUCGAAGGCGUCCGCCCCGAUGAGGUGACUCUGCUCUGCCUCUUCAACGCCUGUUCCCGUCUUGGAGAAGUUGUGGUUGGAGCGCAAGGGCAUCUCUGUAUGAUCAAAACCGGGCUGCCUUUCUCCGUCACUGCCAGAAACGCAGCCAUGGACAUGUAUGUAAAGUGCGGUCUAAUGUGCGACGCAAGACGUGUCUUUGAGGAGAUGAGCGAGCGGACCGUUGUUUCUUGGACUGUAAUUCUCUCUGGUGCAUUGAAAUGGGAGGGAUUAGAGAACGGGAUUCGGAUAUUCGAUGAAAUGCCAGAGAGGAAUGAGGUUGCCUGUACCGUCAUGAUUGCAGGCUACCUGGAGAGAGGAUUCCCAAAGGAAGCCUCUGUUUUGAUUGGAACAAUGUUGUCUUCUUCUUGCUCGAUGCUCAACCAUGUCACUCUCUGCUCUAUCCUGUCCGCUUGCUCGCUUUCUGGGGAUCUAACUGUCGGGGGAUGGGUUCAUGCAUACGUCAUGAAGACAGUGGGGAAUGAUCUACAUCUCAUGGUGGGAACGGGUUUGGUUGAUAUGUAUGCCAAAUGUGGUAGGAUAAAUACCGCGAGCCAAGUGUUUGAGAGAAUGGCUUACAGAAACGUUGUAACUUGGAAUGCAAUGCUAAGCGGUCUCGCCAUGCAUGGAAGAGGCAAGGACGUGUUAAGCCUCUUUCCUCGAAUGGUCUCAGAGGCUCAGCCAGAUGAUAUCACCUUCGUGUCCAUCUUAAGUGCGUGCAGCCACUCGGGCCUGCUGGAUCAAGGUUUCCGCUACUUCCGUGAUCUUGGACCCGUCUACGGCAUAGAGCCUAAGGUAGAGCACUAUGCUUGUAUUGUUGAUCUAUUUGGUCGGGCAGGUAGGUUGGAGGAUGCUUUGGCCCUAGUGAGAGAGAUGCCCAUUCCGCCUAAUGAGGUCGUUCUUGGAUCUCUCCUAGCAUCCUGUAGUCUCCAUGGCAAGCUCCAAUUGGGGGAGCACCUUCUACAAGAACUGAUUCAGAUUGAUCCCUGCAAUGCUGAUUAUCAUGUGUUGCUGUCGAACAUGUAUACAUUGGCUGGAAGGCGCGACAAUGCUGAUUUCCUCCGCCAGGUCCUCAAAAAAAGGGGAAUCAGAAAGGUGCCUGGCAUAAGUUCUAUCCACGUGAAUGCCCAAGUUCAUCAGUUUACUUCCGGGGACAAGUCGCAUCCUCGAACACAAGAGAUCUAUUCCAUGUUGGAUGUGAUGAUUCAACGAUUGAGGUUGGCAGGUUAUGUUCCUAACACUGCUUCCCAGACAUUCUCUGUUUCGGAUAGCCAGAUCAAUGAUGCAGAUGAGCAAGAAGAGAAGGAACAAGCACUCUUCUCUCAUAGUGAGAAGCUGGCCAUCUCAUUUGGACUUAUAAGUACGAAACCUGGAAUGACCCUCCACAUCUUUAAGAACUUGAGAAUAUGCCAGGAUUGCCAUGCUUCAAUCAAACUUAUUUCUAGUAUUUACAACCGGGAAAUCAUCAUCAGAGAUCGUUUCCGUUUCCAUUCAUUCAAACAAGGUUCAUGUUCUUGUUCUGACUAUUGGUGAUCAUUCUCGAAUUUGAUCAGUCAGCACAGAAGUUACCGUAGUACUAAAAUACUUGGCUGUAAGAAUUUGUUGCGACGCAGAAUCUUAGAAUGACACCCAAAGAUUCGGGUGCAAGUGUGUUAUAUGUACAUGGAUCAAUUUAUCCUUAUUAAGAUUUUGAUAUAGUGUA